AUGAUCGGCGUUUUGCUCGACAUGCAUGUUCAGUCUACCUUCGGCGUAUGCCUGGCGCUCGAAUUUUUGUUAAAAGGUGCAGGUCAAUUCGCAGAUACCUUGGGCUGGUCUCCAGGCGUCCUUUGUAAAUUCUUUGAAGCUGGUCUUCACGAUCCGAUUCACGACAUUUACAAGGUCGCAUUCAACCGCCAAUCACUGCCGGGUGAGGGCAGGCUUGAGGUGCGCACACCCGAGUUCUCAGCCCCCGCCGGACGCCUGAAAAAGGGGUUCAAGAACAAGACCCAAGCUCGCAAGGCGAGGAAAGCACUCGGCGAGGCCCGUCCUACGCCCAAGCCAGGUUUUGGCCAUAACGGCUUGACCAAAGGUCCGGCCUGUAUCAACGGCAAGAGGAACAAAUGCAAAGAAGGGGGUGCCACCUCAUUAGCGGCGGCGAAGAACGCCAAACAACGACCUGUUGCCUUGUCUCUUACUGCAAAGAAAGAGAAGGUCGCGGAUCGGAAGGGUAAUCGACAGAUGGCUGUCAAAAUCAAGCACCAAAACUUCGUUAAAAAACAAAACGUCGGCCAGCCGAACCAGAAGCUUCAGCAAUGGAAGAUUGACCCGAAGACUCAUGUCGCUCAACGUGCCAAAACUGCUAAAGAAAUCAAGAAGAGUUGGAACGGGAACAAGAAAAUCCGAAAGGCUUACUACAAGAAAUUUGAGAAGACGGGCCCUUCCUUGGCUGCCAAGAGCCAACGACUCGCAGAAUCGGUGCUUCUCAAGGGAAAAGAUCCCAAGAGAGAGCAGUAUAAAUUGGCCAAAGCUGCAUAUGAUGCUUCGAUAAAGACUGGAACUUUCCCCGAUCGCAAGGCAACCUUCAAGACGCCCCUAGAUGGAGUUUACAAGGGCAAGGAUGUUCGACAAGCUCUUUUCAACGCGCAUUUACAUGAUCAACCUGGUAAAAAGGUUGGCCACACUGUGGACGGCAAGGUCGAGAAGUCCGAUAACCGGAAACAUCCCAAAGUAUUUCAAAACGCUGCUAAUCAAGGGCAGGGUAAGACUGUUCCACUGCCUUGGAUGACGGGGAAAGGCAGGGAGUAUACCAUGAUGCCAGAUCAUGCUUUGGGCCAUCACGGGAUAAGCCCAAACCCGACCGCUACGCGGCUCAUCACCCAAGAACAAAAUGGUGUUCAUAAGUUCGAGGGCGUUGUUUCUCAUCCAGCGAAGAACUCUAAGGAUCACGUCGAGGUUCUUCAUGAUAAAGUUGAUUGGGCGUAUCAUCUUAAGCCUUGGCCAAUCAAGUAA